UCCUUCCAAGUUCCAACCAAUUUCCUCCAAACAAACAAUCCUUUUCUUUCUCUCCAAAACCCUAUAAUAUCUCAAAAUAUGGCAAAGACUAGCAAGCUCACGAAGCUCAAAUCAGCUAUAAAGAGAUGGCCAUCUUUUACCAAGUUAGCUCGCACACACAGCUCCAUUGCAGCAGCUAGCAAUGAUCAUUGCUCCGAUAAUAUUAUUAUUGCAGAGGAAGUUUUCCAAGCUGUUUAUGUAGGGAAGUCUCGGCGACCAUAUUUUCUUAGCUCUGACACCAUUUGCCAUCCUCUUUUCCAAGAGCUGAUAGAGAGGUCUGGUGGAUUCGAUGAUGGUGGAGAAAUAGUGGUUUCUUGUGAGGUGGUGUUGUUUGAGCACUUGUUGUGGAUGCUUCAAAGCAAUGGCUCUCAGUUGGGGUCCAUGGAGGAGCUUGCUGAGUUCUACUACACUCGCUAAUUAUUAAUAAUGAUGAAGAUGAAGAAUAGACGAGAAAAUUAAGGAAAAAUAAGCAAUAUGUGAGUACUAAUUACUUGUAUGGCGAGGAUUAACCCCAUUAUAUUGAAUGAAUGAUAGAUGCUUUUAGUUUUUUUAUUUUUCCAUGUUUUUUCCUCCUCUUCUUUUUUUCUGAAUUAGCUAUUAGGAUUAUCAACUCCUAAGUGGAAAUAUUGAUAAGUGCAAGAGUUUUCCUUUAUUGGAUUUUGUUGGUUUCUUCUAGGUUGUAGAGUUAAUAAAUUACAGCUUUAGUGCCAACAUGUUACAGGUUGGCUUUGAAUACGAAUUCAAUUAUGGUCGUCCUUUAAAGUUCAGAUACAAGCUACUUUCAAUAAAGAAGUUAGUUAUGUUAAA